GUGAGUCGGUGCUGAGUGAGCUCUUAGAUGUGUGCGAGGCAUAUCUUAGCUACACACCAUAUGUGCAGAUCCUCUGACGCGUCAAUACAAUCUUUAUCAUUGCCGCUGUCGCUGUGCAUUCAAAUAGGGCCUCACAAAUGCCUUGAAACGUGGACCUUGUCCCUGCGUUCCCCCUCCCCAAGGCCGUCGCCGAAGUUAGAUAUCACUUCAGGCUUCAGCCAUUCGGACCACCAUAAACUAAACAUGGUCCGGUGACUGCCAGUACAAACGACCGUACUGGUAAAACGGAUGGGAUCACCAGGAAAAACGACAUUAUGAGCGGCGUUCACAGGUUCCUCUCCAAACGAGAGGGAAAGCACAACCGUGACUCUCACGUCCAUCACAACUCAAGCAUCCUAAACAAGAAGCCUCCUCCUGCGGCGGUGACCUCAAGCCCUGAACUGGUGCUGCAAGCGGUCGACCCGAACUCAGCAACCGAUUUCUAUGGCUUGUUUGAUGCAUAUGGUGGGACCAAUCAAGUCGAGGAACAGAAGGUCAGGACGCUGAGGCAGCGAUUGAUCGAUACGAAAGGCGUUGUCCUUAGACAUGCCCAGAUCCUGUGGGCCCUCCGCUCAUAUGCCGCCACUGGCGAUGUCGACGCUGCAUAUGAUCUGUUGCUUGCCCUGUCAGACGCCUCAGAAGGCAUUGUUACCGGCUAUGAUCCGACCAAAAAGUUGCUAGGAGCUGUGAACAGACAGGGGGUGACCUGUUUCCUGGAUGCCACUUUAUUCGCCAUGUUCUCCCGCCUCGACAGUUUCGAGGCCAUGCUCUACAACACAUUCGAAGAUGUACCGAGGAACAAGCUCGGCUUUGUACUAAGAGUGUGGGUGAAUCUGCUGAGAAGGGGAAAGUUGAUCACCACCGACUUUACCAAGAUUCUACAAGAUACAUUAGCCGAAUGCGGCUGGGAGGAGGCAGCAGAAGUUUGUCAGCAGGAUGCGUCUGAAGCAUUCACGUUUAUCACCGGCAAACUGGACUUACCAUUAUUGACCCUCAAGAUGGAUAUCUAUCAUACUGGCAAAGAGGAUACCAACGAUGACCACAAAUUCAUCAAUGAGAGACUAUUGGAAGUCGCAAUUCGUCCUGAUCCAACUGGCCAGCGGAACACCAUUACGCUGGAGGAAUGUCUGGAAGAUUAUUUCAACAAUCGUAUUGAAGUUCGAAGAUAUAUGGAGCGAAGAGCCACCCUAUCGUCGAUGCGGAAGUCAAGCGCUGUACAUAUUGAGACUGUUGAGAUUGAUCCUGACUCGGGACCUUCCACCCCCACAACCUCGCCCACCGCUCUACCCGGCUUCGCGCCCACCGACCGACCUGUGAACCGCCAUCGGGCACACAGCAUUAUUCAAGAGCGUUAUGUCCCUCCGCAGAAUGACAUCGCAAAUCCAUCAUUAGCCAGGGUGCAAUCCUUGGAUUCUGGUCGACACCGCGCCGGAAGUAUGCGCAAGGAGGUUAUGAUGCCCGCGUGGCAAUUCUUCAGCCUGAUACCGUGGUACACCGAUAAUGCACCUAUCAAUGAUGCUCAAGUGGCUGCUCACUUUUCAUCUAAGCGGCCUAUCCUCGGUCUUUGCCUGAAGAGGUAUUCGAUGUCUGCGGAUGGCACUGCGGCCAGGCUAGACACUCAAAUCGACAUCCCAGUCGAGAUAGGCGUGCCACAUUUUAUUCAGGAUGAACAUAUGGAAGAGGCUGGGUCAUUGUUCGGAAACUUCAAGCUUUCGUUGCAAUCAGUGGUCUGUCAUCGAGGAUACUCGGUGGAUUCAGGUCACUAUAUUGCCUUAGUACGAGGAUCGGCUCCUCCAAACUCUGCCAAUGGCACGACGGCGGAUCCUUCGAGCACAUGGAUGAGGUUUGACGAUCUCGCUCAAGAUCGAAUCACUGUGGUCGAUAUUGAGAAAGCUCUGAAAGAGGAGACCCCGUAUUUAUUAUUUUAUCAAAUCGUCCCAGUUGACGGUGAUCCAGGAUAUAUUACCUCGGGCGACGAGACCUUGAACUCGACCUCUGAGCGGGGCGCCUCGGCCAGUGGACGCUCCAGCGCUUCUGCUUUGACGGAGAAUCAACCGAUCUCUGGACGAGGCAGCCUCGAGAUAUCUGUGCAGGAUGAUCCUCGAGGUCGCUCUCCGACAGAAUCUCGUAGAGCGAGUGUGGUAGAGUUUGUGGAUCAUCCUCCAGAUCGCACCGCCGACACGUCCCUGCAGGUGCCACGAGAUACCGAUGCAUCAACGGGUUCUCGGCGUGUUAGUCUCACUCUCAGUCAAGCUCAAAAUAGGGCAAGUGAAGGGCUCGGUAGGACACUGUCAAAACUCACCAAGAGGAAGAGUCGCGAUGUUCAGUUCAGCGAAGUCAAGAAUGGGGGACCGACUGAAGAGGGAAUUCAAACUGAGAUACACGUCAAAGAACUUCCUAACCGACCAUCGCCGGAGAAGAAGCCAGAGAAGAUCAUUGUGAGGCAGGAGGCGCCGCAAGGUGAAACUCCAAAGAGCCAUCACAAAAGGGAAAAGAGCCGUGGCCGUCUCUCCAGGAGUAGAGCUCAUGGGGAGAAGCCAGACAGGGAGUGCAUUGUCAUGUGA